UAAAUUUUAAUUCUGAUCCAAAUCAGCUGUGGUUGCACUACACAAAAGCUGGACUUCUGCGGUGUUGCCAUUUUAUUAAGCUAGGUAUUAGAGUAGGCUGUGGGUUUUAUUAUUCAAACUAAAAUUCGUUUAUUCGAAUUAACAAUAUGGCGAAUCUUUCGGUCAUGAGGAGCCAACGUUGAGAAUGAGCCUACUGUUUUUUUUUUUUUUAUACUGUGCUGAGGAAUAUGGUUGUCGCGUUUGGAGGCAGGGGAACUGAAGCCCGGCGAAUGUUGUCGCAGGUGGAUAUAUCACGAUGUCGGGCCACAUAGAGUACUAUGGGGGUGCUGCGGGUGCUGGCGGCGGGAUGCUUCCCGCGGGCGGGAAUGGAAUGUCAGGGAUGGAGGACAGCAUGCAGAGCAUACAGAUGCAGGCCGCGAGACCGAUGAGCGUCUGUUCGGUGAGCUCUUGCGGUGCCAGCGGGCCGAGUCCCGCUCACAGGACCGGUAACAGUCUGUAUUCGAACUGCGGGAAUGGCAAUCCGCAGGAGGAACUGUUGAACGACGAGCUGCUCAUGUCGCUUUCCGUCCGCGAGUUGAACAAACGCCUCCAUGGCUGCCCGCGGGAAGAGGUGAGUCAGGUCGUGCGUUUGAAGCAGAAGCGGCGAACAUUGAAGAACCGCGGCUACGCUCAGAACUGUCGCAGCAAGCGUUUGCAGCAACGCCACGACCUCGAGACGACGAAUCGUAACCUGCAGAACGACCUCCAGCGAUUGAAGCUCGAGCUGGCCAGGACCCAGCAAGAGCGCGACCUUUACAAACAGCGAUGCGAGAUGUUGAGAACGCGGCAGAAUCACAAUCACAACCAUAAUCACAACCAUCAUCAGCAACAAGCGUCGCAACAGCAACAGCAACAGCAGCAGGCUCCGCAGCCGCACCAAACACAGAAUCAACAGCAACCGCAGCAACAGUCGCAGCAGCAACAUCAACCAGCACCGGCCAGUCCUGAGGUUUACCUGUGACAUCGACAGCGCCGAGGAGGCGCUUGCUGGACUUGAACACAUUCCCACAUCGCUAUAUUCUCGAUUGUGACGCGCCUGUGCACGUGGGUUGUCGAAAUGAAAGACGAUAGGAGCGAGUCGGUGUUCCUUAAGGGACGCAGUGUUUUAUUUUCCAAUCGAGACUUAAGUCUUAAGCACACCUUUAAAAGCUGGUCUACGUGUACAUACUAUAGUGUUCGGUUCUCCUUCUUUACCCCCUUUACCUAGCUUCUUUAAUCCAACGACGAGAGGAGCCUUGACUGUUAAAUCGACUUUGUAAAUCGUGUAUGGAGUUUACCAGCGCAACUAAGGUAUCAUUAGAUUAAAGGUAAUUAAAUAGCUCUAUUCUCAUAGGUAUAUGAAUAUAUUGCUCGCGGUAGACCGAACGUCUUUACCAGAUACUGUACCAAAAAAAAAAGAAAAAAUACUAAUUAAAAAGAAGAAAAAAAA